AUGGCUAGACUUGCAAACCGAGACUUUGAGAUCCUUGAAAUCAGGCCAAAGGUAUCUAGAAUGGAGGAACUCAAAUCUGAAUACAUCCUUGUGGAAGAUCCCAAAGAGUUAUGGGAUAACCUAACGGAUAGAUUUGAGCAUUUGCAAAGAAUUAUCGCUCCAAGGGCCCAACAUGAAUGGUCAGUACUCAGGUUUCAAGACUUUGCAUCAGUACGCGAGUACAAUUCUGCAGUAUUUUGCAUCACCUCACAGCUAAAGCUGUGCGGAGAACCUGUGUUUGAACGAGCCAUGAUUGAGAAAACCCUCUCUACUAUGCAUGCCUAUAAUGUUGUUCAGCAAGAACAUUAUCGUGAAAGGCGUUGCGAAAAGUUCUGCGACCUAAUUGCUAUCCUUUUGGUUGCAGAACAGAACAGCCAAAUCCUCCUCUCAAUUCAUAAUCAAAGGCCAGCAGGUACCAGCGCAGCAGCAGUUGAAACAAAUGCCACUAGAGGUGAUAAGCGCUGGAAUAAGCGGGGAGGCAACUCAAACUGGAAUGGCUAG